AUGGGUCGCAAUCACAAGAUCCGCACCCUUCGCUCACCCACUUGCGUCAACCUUCACUCGGGUUUGGACCCAGCAAAUAUCACGCUACCGGCCAACUUUACGUUUCACGCAGUCUCCAAACAAGACAUUUGGCAUCCACCCGAGGUUCCAGCGGGCGAAGAGUACGACUCCCCAACCUACUAUGUCCAGUACGGCCCGAUCCACAAGUUCAAGAGUGCUCAAGUCUCAAUUUGCGGCAUGUCCGGCACGAAACAAUACGACCAAGCCGGGUUGAUCUUCCUCGUCAACUCGCCCGGCCUCGAGGGCGAAAAGUAUGAUUCAUGGAUCAAGACCGGGGUCGAGAUUAUCGAUACGAAUGCGACGUCCAAGGUCAUGGCGGUUGCUACGCCCCCGGGAGGGUUCUCGGACUGGAACCUUGUUCCCAUGCCCAAGGGCGAGUUCGAGGGCAACACCAAGACUCUCAUGCGCCUAAUUACUUGGCCGUUUCAGAAGAAUUUCAACAAGUGGUUGGGAGUCGGAACCUAUGUGGCGAGGCACAAUUGGGCCCCAGGAGAACCCCCCUUCACGGGAGAGCCGAACUCGGCCAAGUUUGAAGGACUGAAAAUCGAUUGGAGUGAUUGGAAUGGUACCACUUCUCAAUAUACCGUUUGA